AUGGGCGUCUCCUUCAUCCUUCUCUCACUACUCGUACCCAUAGUCCUCUCCGUCGUCUUCCUCCCCAAGACCCUGCGUUUCAUUGCCGAACUGGUGGGACAUGGCUUGCGUAAAUCUUCCCGUACGCGACGAGAGCUACUGCUGGCCAGAGUAGCGAAUGAAACAAAGCACUUCGAGCGGCAGCACAAGGAAAAGAGCAAAGAGGACGAUGACUGGGAAAAUAUAGCAUCUGCAGCUCUUGGCAGUGCGAUAAACGGCGGCAAAGCCGACAGCGAGUGGAAUGGAAUCGUCGGCUUUUUCCACCCUUUCUGCAACGCAGGAGGCGGCGGCGAGCGAGUCCUCUGGGCUGCGAUUCGAGCAACACAGAAGCGCUGGCCUGAGGCUGUUUGCGUAGUCUACACUGGAGACCACGACGUGGACAGAGCCACCAUACUCAAGCGCGUCAAGGACCGCUUCAAUAUCCAGCUGCACCCGCCCACCGUCCACUUCCUCUACCUUACAACACGCCAUUGGGUACUCGCCAGCACCUGGCCCCGCUUCACUUUACUGGGCCAGUCUCUCGGCUCUCUAAUUCUCGCUUACGAUGCCUUCCAUCUACUCGUUCCGGAUGUUUUCAUAGAUACCAUGGGCUAUGCCUUCUCCCUCGGUCUCUCCUCGCUCUUCUUCCCCACCGUACCGACAGGAGCCUACGUCCACUACCCCACCAUCUCAACAGACAUGCUCGACUCGCUGCAGAUAGGAGGACAAGGCAUCAACGCCGGAACGGGAGCAGGAUAUCGUGGUAUAGCCAAGAAGAAGUACUGGCAGCUUUUCGCGAAGCUUUAUAGCAAAGUUGGCAGCACUAUCGAUGUAGUCAUGACAAACUCGACCUGGACGCAAAGCCACAUCAUAUCACUCUGGGAACCCUACCGCAUCAAACGCAGCAAAGCUAACGAUAUUGACGUCGUCUUUCCACCCGUCGCAGUCGAAGAAGUCUUACAAGCCGUCGAAGUUUCAGAAGCAAGCGAGAAGAACCGUGGCCCUUACCUUCUCUAUAUUGCACAAUUCCGACCUGAGAAGAACCAUGAACUCAUACUCGAAGCCUUCGCCUCUUUCUUGCACUCCAGUCUCGAGACGGCCACCUACACAAAUCAACCGCCGACGCUCGUCCUGAUCGGAUCAGUGAGGAACUCGCAUGAUGAAAAACGUGUAUACAACCUACGGUUGCUCGCGCGCGAGCUCAAUAUCAAAGAGAACGUCGAGUUUAUUUGCGACGCACCGUGGCCCUUGAUGCUAGAGUGGAUGCGCAAAGCAAGUGUAGGUGUGAAUGGUAUGUGGAAUGAGCACUUUGGCAUUGGAGUCGUGGAGUAUCAGGCUGCGGGCUUGAUCUCAGUGGUCAAUGACUCUGGAGGGCCGAAGCUAGACAUUGUGGUUGAGGUGGAUGGGCAGCCGACUGGCUUCCACGCAACGACGGUAGAACAGUAUGCAGAAGGCUUCCGCAAAGCUUUCUCACUAUCACCCACGGAGACCCUUGCGAUGAGGCAUAGGGCGCAAAAGUCAGCAGAGCGGUUUACCGAUCGGGGUUUCGCGGAGAAGUGGUUGAAGAACAUGGAAACGUUAGUAGCGUUGCAGGUCGAGCGAGCCAGAUAG